UGAUGGUGGAGCUACUCCAGUUCAAGAUGAACGAGAUUCAGGGUCUGAUGUUGAAGAUGAAGGAAAUGAGCAACAUUCUGGAUCUGAGAAUGGAAGUGUAGAGCACCAUUCAGAGAAUGAACACAGUGAUGGGGAAGAUGAUGGGCAAAUGGGAGAGACUCAUAUGACAGACUCUGAAAAUGAAGAUAUCCCAAGGCAAAAAGACAGUGACUCAGAUAAUGAGGAGCCUCCAAAUCACAACGUAAGUGAUUCAGACAAUGAAGCAACUCACGGAGGGAAGGACAGUGAUUCCGAUAUUGAGGACCGUCCAAAUCGACAUUUAAGUGACUCUGAAAAUGAAGAUGCCUUAAAUCAUCGAGCAAGUGACUCUGAAAAUGGAGAACCUCACAGGGAUCACAGCAGUGAUUUUGAAAAUGAGGAAUCACACAAGCAGCCGGCCAGUGACUCCGAGAGCGAGGAGCUCCACAAGCAGCCGGCCAGCGACUCCGAGAGCGAGGAGCUCCGCAGACAGCCGGCUAGUGACUCGGAGAGCGAGGCUGUUUCCAGACGCAAAAGAGAAAGAGACUCUGAGGAUAGUGACGGGGAGGACAGGAAGGAGGAGGUGCAGAAUGAUUCUCAUCAUUCAGAUAACGAACCUGUAAGGGACCGAUUUCAGGGCUCUGACAGUGAAGAGGAAGCUCCUAAGAGGCGAAAAAUAUCAAACAGUGAUGAAGAAGAGAAAGAGGAGGAGAAGGCAAUGAAGAGGAAAGCUGCUAUCGUUUCUGACAGUGAGGAUGACAAUGAGAAAACACCUGCAAAAAAAGUACGAAUGCUUUCUGAUGUUGAAGAAUCAGAUAGUGAUGCUGCUUCAGAGAAAUCUGACAAAAGGAGGGAAAAUAUUGUAUCGGAUAGUGAGGAAGAAGAAGAAGAAGAAAGAAAAGAGAAUGCUGGAAAGACAAAAGAAGAGAAAGAUCUGUUUGGCAGUGACAGUGAAUCUGGAAAUGAACAAGAGAACCUGAUUGCAGAUAUAUUUGGAGAAUCUGGUGAUGAGGAAGAAGAGGAAUUUACAGGUUUUAACCAGGAAGAUUUGGAGGAAGAGAAAGGUGAUGCCGACAUGAAGGAAACAGCUGAUGAGUCGGACUCUGACGAUAACAUCAAAAGAGGGAAGCAUAUGGAUUUCAUGUCAGAUUUUGACAUGAUGCUGCAACGGAAGAAGAGUAUGAGUGGCAAGCGUAGACGAAACCGUGAUGGUGGAACUUUUAUUAGUGAUGCAGAUGAUGUGGUCAGUGCUAUGAUCGUGAAGAUGAACGAAGCUGCUGAGGAGGAUCGACAGCUGAAUACACAAAAGAAACCAGCACUAAAGAAAUUAACUUUGCUACCAACUGUAGUUAUGCAUCUCAGAAAGCAGGAUCUUAAAGAAACUUUCAUUGAUGGUGGUGUUAUGUCUGCCAUCAAGGAGUGGCUUUCUCCUCUUCCAGACCGAAGUCUGCCGGCACUAAAGAUACGAGAGGAGCUUCUGAAGAUCCUGCAAGAGCUGCCCAGUGUGAGCCAGGAGACCCUGAAGCACAGUGGCAUUGGGCGAGCUGUGAUGUACCUCUACAAACACCCCAAAGAGUCAAGGCCUAACAAGGAUAUGGCAGGGAAGCUGAUCAAUGAAUGGUCUCGACCUAUCUUUGGCCUUACCUCAAACUACAAAGGCAUGACACGAGAAGAGAGGGAACAGAGAGAUUUGGAACAGAUGCCUCAGCGAAGGAGAUUGAGCAGCUCUGGUGGACAGACUCCCCGCAGGGACCUGGAGAAAGUAUUAACUGGAGAGGAAAAGGCUCUUAGACCUGGAGACCCCGGGUUCUGUGCCCGUGCCAGGGUGCCAAUGCCCUCCAACAAGGACUACGUGGUCAGGCCAAAGUGGAAUGUGGAGAUGGAGUCCUCCAGGCCCGGGACUAUUAAGAGAGGUAUUAGUCGCUUGGAAAAACACAAGAGACGGUUUGCUGAACAGAAACGACUCAGCAAAGUGCAUCGGGCCAUCAAGUUCAGCAUUGAAGGCAACAGGAUGCCCCUGUAGCCAUGACACUCUGCCUUCCCCAAGUUUGCGAGUUCCAGGGGACCUCUAAGAAAGGGGUGAGUCGACUGGACAAACAGAUGCGGAAAUUCACAGAUAUCAGGAAAAAAAGCAGAUCGGCCCAUGCAGUGAAAAUCAGCAUUGAGGGCAAUAAGAUGCCAUUGUGACCCUUCACAGAAUACCCCAUGAUCUCUGCUGUAAGACAAUACACACAUAUAAACUCUUUGGAGACCUUUAAAUUUUUUAAUGACUUGUUUGGAGGUUUUUUUUAGUGAAUCUUUGAAUUGUUGGUUCAGGUUCUGAUGUGAGAUGUUGUC